AUGAUUGAACCACAUUUGCGAUCAGUUCCUAGAGGAUAUGCUGGCACACCAAGAAUUUUUUGCUGGUGGACAUCUCCAACGACGAUGGUGAGACGUUCUUCCAUUUUAUAUUUAUUGGACAAUGUGGUUGUGAGCUUUGAGUCCCAAUGCAAAGUUGCUUGCUCAGGAAAGCACCACUGCUCUUUACAGACUCGUGAAAUUUCCAUUGCAACUUCCCUUCUUGAUCUAUCUGUUGUUGCAUAUGAUGCCGCUAUGGCAGAUGUCUCACCUCCUACUAAUUCCUUGUACGAAUCCCUUGAUUUUCAUCAGAGAGAAAAUCUUCGUCUCAGAGUUAGCAAAGCUAAUUUAGAACAAGAUGUCAUUGACCUUCAAAAAAAUACUGAUGUUGGGUCAAUUAGGGCAACUGAACGAUCAUCUUCUGAGAAGAAACUUCUGCUGGUUCAAGAAGACCUUGCUGAACUACAUAAGCAAAAGGGAGAGUUUGCUCAGCAGGUAAUUACUUUGAGAAAUGCAGUUGAUGAAAAAGAGAAAGAAAUUGCUCUUAAAAAUUCACAAAUUGUAGAACUAGAAGCAUCUUUAAGUGCUACUGAGCAACUUUUAAAAAAACUUCAGCAAAGAAUUGCCGAAACAGAUCAUAAUUUACAAUUUAUCAGAGAUGAGUAUGAUGCCUUGCUUAUCACUUAUUCAAGUGUUGAAGAAAAGAAACUAAAGCUUGAGAAAGAAAAUCAAGAGUUAAUUGCACGUUUGAUUGAAUUAAAAGCUGUAGAUGCUGAUAGACUUAAUGCAGAAACAGAGCUCUUUCAAAGGAACAAACAAGCAAAGCUGCAGAAAGAACUAGAAGAAGCUGCCAGAGAACCUGUCUGUAUUGAUACUUCCAAAGCUAAAAGCCUAAUUUGUCUUGAAGCUGCAAUGCCCAGAAAAGUGCGAUAUAAAUUUGAUGCACACGAUGGAGAAGUUAAUGCAAUUGCGUGGACUCACACAGAUUUGAGGUUUGCUACAGCUGGAGGAGAUCGUAAAGUCAAAGUGUGGGACAUAUCUUUAGGUCAAGCUUGUUUGAAAGGUGUUGCUCAUGAGAGCAAUUCAUCUAUUUAUUCCGUGGAUAUCGACUCAGAAGAAGCCCUUUUGCUUGCCGCAUCCUGUGAUUUUGCUAGUCGUGUUUGGAGUUUAUCUGAUAUGAAAAUAAAGCAUACAUUGACUGGUCAUAGUGGAAAAGUAAUGUCUGCAAAAUUCUUAGGAGAAAAUGGCAAAGUUGUGUCUGGAAGUUAUGACAGAACGCUGAAGAUAUGGGAUCUUCGUCGCCGUGCAUGCAUUCGUACUAUAUUGACUGGGUCUAGUGCAAAUGAUGUUGUAACAAGUGACAGAAGUGGAUCCAACAUUAUCAGCGGUCAUUUCGACAGAAAGAUCCGUUUUUGGGAUAUGAGAUCUGAAUCCAGUACCAAUGAAAUUUUAUUACAGGGGCGAAUUACAUCAUUGGACGUCUCAGUUGAUGGGUUUUCUCUUCUUAGUUGUGUGAGAGAUGAUACACUGAAGCUGAUAGAUUUUCGUAUGAAUAAUGUAGUGAGAACAUUAAGUGCUGAUGGAUUUCUAAUUGGAUGUGAUUGGACUCGUGCUAAGUUCAGUCCUGAUGGUCAGUUUGCUAUUUGUGGAUCACAAGAUGGUGCUAUAUUCAUCUGGAAAACGACUACUGGUGGUUUGGAAAAAGUCUUGAGGGAACACAGCGCUACUGUUAUUGCAUGUGCUUGGAGCUGGUGUGGUACAUACCUUUUAAGCAGUGAUAAAAAUAAGAAAGCAAUUCUGUGGUCAGAAUUUUAAGGACUUAAGACAUUAUGCUAUUUAAAACGGCAAAAGUGAAAUGGAAGUGUAUCGAUUUAUAUGAAUCAUUCAAUAAUUGUAAAUAUAGCAUGAAGAGAAAACAAAUUAGUUUUCUUCAUCUUUCCAAACACCUAAGGCAUCAGUAUAUUUAUGUAUAUCGUUGAAAAUUUAUAAAUGUGCAUACAUGUGAUUUUUGACUUGUAUGUUCACAAGUUCCAUUUUAAUUAAGCUACAACAAGAUUUAAGCUAUUUUUAAAUCCACAAGCUAAAUAUUUUUCUACACAUUCUAAACAUCCAGAACUAAAUUUUUAUCAAAGUGAUCAUAAUUUAGUUAAUUUGGUUAAAUAAUUAAUUGACUUUUGUUUAUUAAAUGUUGUUGGGCUGAAAUUGAUCAGUGUAUCAUUUGUGACAUAUAUUGAUUCUUUAUAUAUUGCAUGCUAAAUUAUUGCCAUGUACUCAUUGUGAUCUUCACGGAUCUUUUUUUUUUUUUUACAUUCAGGUGUGUGACUGGCAUCAUUGCUAACAUUUUUAAAAUUUUGCAAAUUUUUUUUCACAAGAUCUGUAUAAUUUUGAUGUUUAAGAAGAAUCUCUACUUAAUCCUGUGAUACAUUUAAGUUAUUCACUUUAACUUUUAAAAUAUUAUUUGUAAUUGAAAUAAUUUUUGAAUAUUUGGUGUCAUUUUACAAUUUUGAUGGUUAGCUAAAGGCAAAAAAAAAAAAAAAAGUCCUUUUUUAAAAGAAUAUUUACUUGCGUAUACAUGAGUUACAUAUUAAUAUUACAGGAUUCAAACUGAAAAAAAAAAGGAAAAUAUAAGAGAAAACUAUCAAAGUAAAAAUGACAAAAACAUCAAUCAAUAGCAGUUAAAAACAUGCAAGCAUAUUUUUUUUUAACUUGUAACAUCCUGUAGUAAUCAAGGAAAAUAGAAAAAAAAUGAAAAAGUAUAAUUGUAUUUUUUAACUUAUUAUAUUAAAGCUAAAUGCUUUAUCAAUUUGCUCAUUUCUUAUUAAAAUUCCCUUCUAAAAUUUUAUUUGUCUGUUUUUGAUUUUAAAAGAUUUCAAGAAAUAUGUAUGGAUGAAGAUAUAAAAGACUUCAGUUACAUUUCAUUUUCUUCAAAAUGAAAACCAUUAUUUUGCUUCACAUACCUUUAUUUAAUAUAGUUGAACACUCAUACACACAAGAAACUUACAUUCUGCUAUAGAUAUAAAGUUUUUGGGAAAUCUUGAUACAAUAAUUCAGGAUAGAAAUAUAAUUACUUUUUAAAUAACUUGUAUUUCUUAAAGUUAAAAAUUAUAUUCAAAAUAUUCUUGAGCAAAAGCACAUGUAAGGAAAUGAGAGCUGAAAUUUAAGAAUACUUCACCUAUUGAAAUGUUAAGUACUAAACAAAAGUGUGUAUGUUUACUCAUCUGACCCUUUAAAAACCAACGCCUAAAAAAUUCCUGUUUGUAAAUUUAGGCUGUUCCAAUUAGUUCUUUCUACUUUGAGUAUUCUUAUAUUAACAAAUAAUUUUCUUUUUCCUGUAAUAAGGGGUUUGAAUGGGCUUGCAUGUAUGGCAGAUAAUCUACUGCAGUGGUUUGCUAACCUGGUAAAACAUAGUUCGUUAAGGGUUAAAAAUAAAAUAGAACAAUGGUAACAAAAUUCAUUAUCUAUAUUAUGGUAAUUCAUUAAAUGCAUUGUUGGAGAAUUAAUAGAUUGUCAACAAAAUGGUCUUUACUUGUCUUUAGUUGUCUUAAAGUCUUAUUUUAAGAAUCAUCUGGUGCUUUUAUUACUUCAAUAAA